AUGGAUUCCGUCCGACACCAAGACCCUAAGAGUACCAAAGUCAUUCACGACAAGAACAAUUCCAAUGGCGUGGUAGAUGGUAUGAUCACCACUGAGGACCUUACCAAAACCGCCACUACCGUUCAUGAUGAGCGUGCUGAUGGUGAUUCGACCGAGAAAAUCACCUAUAAAGGAUGGGUGGCGGUAGAUCAAAAAGCGCUGGAGGGGAAGGGUAAUUUGGUAUAUAAGGAGUAUGAGCUUAAACCUUGGGAUAAAGAUGAUGUCGAAAUUAAGGUGCUCCAUUGUGGUAUUUGCGGAAUGGACGUCAUGGCCCUCUUGGUCAUCAGAGUAGGAGACAAGGUUGAGAAUGGUCUUAAAGACGGUAAUUAUGUGGUAGUAAGAUGGCAAUCCGAUUGUUGUAGGGAGUGUCAUGAAUGUAAAACUGAGAACGAACAAGCCUGUCUCAAAUUGACAGUAACAUUCAAUUCAACUUACCAUCGAGGCAAAGCCACCAAUGCACCUUCCAAAGGCGGAUUCGCCAAAUACUGGCGAGGUCCAAGUAAAUUUGCUAUCCCCAUUCCCUCGGGGUUAGGCCUAGAUAUAGCUGGACCAUUGAUGUGCGGGGGAGUCACCAUCUAUUCUCCAUUGGAAAGAUCCAAAACUGGUCCUGGGAAGAAAGUUGGUAUAGUCGGUGUAGGGGGAUUGGGUCAUAUGGGAAUCCAAUUUGCGAAAGCUAUGGGUGCUGAGGUUACAGCGAUUUCUCGAUCGGAAUCGAAGAAAGAGGAUACCAUCAAGCUUUUGGGGAGUACGCACGAUACUUUGAUUUGGUCAUUUGUGCGGCGAACCCAUCCAAUUCCACUUGGCCGAUUACAUUCCGAUCUUAAAAUUGAAGUACCUAUCUUUCCUUUGAUUGGAAGUAAUGCAAUGAUAGCCGGAUCAGCUAUUGGUUCACCCUCAGUUAUGCUUCGGAUGUUGAACUUUGCCAAGGAGCAUAACAUCAAACCUUGGCUUCAAAAAUACAGUAUGGAUGACUUUAACGAAGCGUUGAUUUCGUUCAAGAAGGGCGAACUGAGAUAUAGACAUGUUUUGGUCAAUACUGAUCAAGGUGGUGAACUAUGA